GAUUUCACAAAUUUCGACAUACUUACUGGCACAUUUUUGGGCUCGAUCAGUGUGAUGCUUUCACGAUUGUCCACCCAAUGAAGAUGUUAGGGCUGCAGGCGACUUUGCGCUCUUUAGUCUUUCUGGUAUGCGCGGGCGCAUUGGCGACUGGAGCUAGAACAGAAGGGGGUCGGAGGGCAUUGCAGCAAGCGACAAUUGUGGGUGCCACCUCUGUGCCUGCUCCUGCCGGUACACGGACCCUGUACUCCCUCCAUGGAGUGGGCACCCAGAAUUACACAGCCCAGCAAAACGGCACCUACUUGAACAUAGGAGCAGUGGCAGACCUCUACGACGGCACAACCAAGACGGCCCGGCACUUCUUUGACGCCAAUGACAAGGCAACCUGGGUGAUUUUUGACCCAGCGACAGGGGCCGUCCAGGGGACUGUGCAGGGUACUGUGAAGGCCAAGGCAGCCAGGCAACGCCAGGUGGACGAUGGAGGCUUUGGCUCGGUGGAUGCUCUGCUGCUGACUGCAACCCAGGGGACAGGCGUGUUGAAGGGGGCCACAUACAUUCAGAGACUGAACCCCCUGGGAGGAGCGCUGCCAACAGGACUGUUUGGGCUGCCAGCAUACGCGGACAAGAUACCCAAUUAUGACGUGGCAGUCCCCUACCAGGCGGAUUAUGUGUUCCUGGCAGGCGGACUGCCCUAUGGAGAAGGCGGCAGGCGGAGGAUGGCACACUUUCAGAAGCGGCUGCACCAUCCGCUCACCCCAGAUGGGCAUGACUAAACCAGGGGUUUUAAAUGAGCAAAGCUGGCAAGAACAGACGCAGCAAAUCAAGAUCAGCUGCACUACUGGGACCUGUCAAGGCAGACAUGCAGCAUUAAUAUGCAGAUUAUAAGGGAUAAAUAGCUUCCUGGUCGCGAGACAUGGCCAAGUUUUAGCACAACAUGUUUUGGCUGCAGGAUUGCAUGCAGCCCUCAUUGUGGAGGCAGCCUAAGAAUAAGCCUGACAGGGAAUGCUACGGAUGCGUCGCAUUUGUGAUGCCGGCCGUUUUGAGAGUUUCAGGAGGUCCUUACGUUUCAAAAUUCUUGUGCAAUCAUUCGCUGUCACUGUGUGCGGUACACUUUUGGCAACCACUAGUGUUGGUAGUGCACAGCUACCAUAUAUACCAGCUUUAUAGCCCGUAAAGCCCAAGACCACCAGGUGUUUUAUGCCCAAAUAAAUUGAUUUGAGGCAGGCUUCCAUGGAUUUUGCUAAUGUGCAAGAAUUCGCACCUGCUGUUUGCCAUUAGGGACAUUUUUUGGAACAGUCAGACUGAAUGCGCUGUUUGGAUUGGUCAGGACCUUUUAUAAAGUCCGCUGGAUGGCAUCUAAAUAAUGCACAUGUGCAGUUGCAAAACUGCCAAGAGACUGAACGUUCAUGGAUUACUGGUGUAGGCUGAUUGAAUGAUUGAGAACGUCUUUUGCUGUACUCAGCACUUAAUGUGCUACAAUAGUAGCCGUCCAUUCAUGAUGUGAAUGAUGACGCUGUCUGGCAUGAUUUUCCCCGUGUAUCUUCACAAGCAUGAACAAUGGAGGACACGCCAUGAUGUAAGAAGAUAUGUGUGGAUU